GACACUUCGUGCAUAACAUCGAUUUUGCUCUGAUACUACAUUCAAUGCUCACGACUCGCACCGACACGACCCGUGUUGCAUCGAAUCAUAAAACAUCACCGUUUAACACAUGUCCCCUUAUCGGCUGAUGCCGUCGUGAGUCCUGGCAUGCUCACUCUGGCAUAACACAAGGGUUUUGUUUACAGUUGGUAAUAUAAGCAGACUUUUACAAAUUAAGCAUAGUCUGUGAAUACGUCCAUUUCGAAAUACAUGUUUACGGGCCUUGCUGAUGAGGCAGUGUAAAAUGAGCAUUUGUGUCCCUUGAGAGGGAGUCCACAGCACACGCCCCCAGAAGACGUCAGUUCUGUAAGACGAGCUUACCUUGGGUUAUCAGCCCCGUACUCCAAUGGAGGCCAAGUAUUCAAAUGCGGGAUUUAUAAAGACACAGAUGGUGCUGGAAUUGAUUAUUCAUUUCACGGUAGAUGAAGGAAGCCUACGAUAACGGCUCGGUGAUUCUGGCAACAUGAAUUCAACGCUACUUAUCAGAGUAACACUUUCCGUCUUAUUCAUGUCAACCCUGAUUUUCCAUAAUGGUCUUGCAGGAUCAAUUCCAACAACAGGAAUUUCCAAAGCUUCACAUGAACCACUAGCGCCAGUAGGUCCAUCCAGCAAUCUCUGUCGACCGGAUAAUGGGAUGCUUCAGUUGGUAUUACACGAUUUGACAGAGCGUAUGAUUUGGAAUAUGCAGAAGAGCGAAUCAACAGAACUCUCAGAAUUGCAGAUUCAUGUUAUACGUUCCAGUGUAAAUGGUUUCUACAAAGAUAUUAAGGACCAUCCAGCUAUAAACAGCGAUAGAGUCAUGUUUGCGCCGCAGAAACCAGACCUCCUUCCAGAUAUAAAUUCUCCAAUAUUAACUGGAGGCGGUAGUCCAAAUGAUGAUGAUUCCUCAGGAAUUGAGAAAAGAAAUCGACCAUUCCAGGAAGUAUGCAGAAGCUCUAAUGAGUGGAUUCAGCUUACACACGGGAGCAACGAAGAGUCGGACUUAGUUGAAGUAUACCAAAAUCAAUGGUUCCAUGUUACACGUUGUCGUAACCAAAGCUCCCCAUGCACGGGUAUUGCUGAAAUGUAUACCUCUAGGUGCAAAGAAAAACAGUCUUGGACAAACGCAUAUGUGAAGACCCUCGAUUCAGAUGCCUAUUCGUGGCAGUGGAUAUCAAUCACCACGUGCUGCACCUGUGUGAUAUCUGAAAAUUAAGUCUUAUGCGGAACCCAUCAAAGAAAAAAUUAAACAAGCCUCAGCGAAGACUGCUCUUAUAUAACCCUUACUGUUAAUUAUUAUAAUUUAAUCAAUACCAGUGCAACGCAAUCAUAGCAAAGCAAAGAUAUGUUAUAGAGUCCUGUUUAUGUUUUUCGUAUAUUAUAAUGGACAUUGGAUUAUAUUACGGUAAAGCAUAUUUGAAGCCGUGCCAUGAACAAAUACUGCUUAGCGUAUUUUGCAUACAGUAUAUGAAAGCAAACCUUUAUUUGACAUGCUUGCUGUUUCAAAUUUCUUAACUAAAUAGUAUAGGACGCCCCUAUUUCUAUUUUGUGGAGAAUCCUCGUCGUUACCACCACCAUCAAUCUCUGUUAAUAAUGACACGUGACCACAUUUAUAUUGUUUCAUGCAUGCUUGGCAUCACGUGAGAUUUGAAAGAAUGCAUAUUGUCGAGCGUCGUUUGAAAUUUCUAAUAAUGAUAUCGAUUCACAAUUGAUUAAAGUGGGAGGGUCAUCACCUGCGCACGCGCAGGAAUUGAGUUCCAAGUGAUGAUAACAACACACGCUAAAAACGCAAAGGCUCAUAGGUAGACGCUUGUUUGUAAACAAUGACACGCUAUAGCCAUCUGACGCAUGCGCAUGUGACGACAACCCUGCUUUAAUGGAGUAAUACUUGGUUGGUAGAUUAUGAACAUCCUCCAUAGUCGGAGCAAUUUAUGAUGAACUGUUAAUAGUGCAAGCGGAAAUAUCAUAAGAACAACUUUCAACAUUAAAACGUCUCCUUAUUACUAUUUUAAUUAUUCAUGAUAGAGCCAAAUACAAAAUAGGAGAUGGGGCCGUAUAUGUACCGAACCCCAAUUAGUAUUUCAACACUUAUCUCCAACAACAAAAACGACAUUUUGUACUGAAUAUGGUUUACAAAUUAUUGCCUGCAUGCCAACACUUGGACCUGUGUUGUUACCUAUUUUCAUAACUCUUACAUGAGGUAUUGUAGAAAUAUAACGAAAACAAUAAUGCCGUAUAUGUUGAAUACUUGAGUAGCAUAGGUUCUAAGUGUAUAUAGUUCUUUGUGACACUGUUCUGUGAAUGUCACUGCAUAUUAUGUGAACCAUAUGUGAACGCAUACGUAUUUUAGUACAUGUAACAUGUUUUUUAUCAAUUUUGUAAUUAUUGAAAUUUAAUGCCAAAUAAUAAAACAUCACUGCAAUAA